CAAGAAGAACUGUGCACUGGUCAGGCGUCCUCUUCUCUUGGUCCACCCGGAACUCGAUUCAAGGUGAACAAGGCUGCACCUCCCACAGCACAGAUCACUCAGUCAGAUUCACUUGUGCACUUGCCGUAUUCGGCUCCUCCCACUGAUGAGUAUCCAUGUGAUAUUUUUCUCUUCAGCAAUUACAAUUUCACAGACGUUCAGCGAGAAUUGAAGGUCUUCUCUCCACUUUCUGACGGUGAUUUUACCGUGUCCGAUCGUUCUGCUUCCAUGACUGGCACUUCAUUCCCCCCCGGCCUUCGUUUCCCCACGGCAGCUAUUCUCGGGACGCACUUCAUUGUCGCUGGCACCUAUCUUUCACAGACCUACCAAUCUUUCUCAAUGUGGGCGCUGGAUCUCAUCAAUAUGACGUGGUCGCGCAUCGACCCUGGCAGCGCACUCGCCAUGGGCUCGUGGUUCCGAAGCUGCCUUUGGCCCGCCGCGAACAAGUUCAUUGUGUUUGGCAACCGACAUGGAAAUCUCGUCGAGGAUUACAAUUGCCACCUCCUCAGCUGGGACCAUGUGACGUGCAUUGAUCUGGAGGCCUUCGGCAUCUACCAGCUGCCUUUUCCUGUGCUGGACGUACCCUCGCAAGAGCUCGGCCUUGCAGCCUUCGAGGAGGGUGUUCUCACUGAUUUCGAGAUCGUGUGCGAUGAUGGCCGCAAGAUCAGGUGCUCGCGCAAGAUGCUCGAAGAGCGCUGGCCAUGGUUUAAGGAGCAGCAGAGGCGAUUCAUUCAGGCAGCGAAGCGAGAAGCUGAGGCGAUGCCAACGAUCCCAGAACACAUUCCUCUUCCUGAGCUACCUGGCGGGUACGACGGGCAGGAGCCUCGUCCGGACCCACACCUGACCCCGCGUGCGUUCCACCUGUCGGAGCCCUACCCAAUUACCCUGGCGCUCGUGCAGUACUUCUAUUCAAUGGCGCUGAUCACGCCUCUGCAGCAUGCGCCCGCGAUCCUCACCCAGCUGAUGCUUCUGUCGAGUAUGUACGAGCUGGCCCACCUACAGUCACUCGUCAAGCAUGCGAUGCAUCGCGCGCUGAGCUAUGCGACAUCGGUGGGCAUAUACGGGGUCUCGACACUCUGUGGCUGCCGGAGCCUUCAAAUCCGGUAUUUCUUUCCCCAUUUCCCAAGUAUCAAUAUCUGA